GAGACUGCGUAACUUGUAGUACGGGUAAAAAAAAAUUUAGGGACUGACGAGUACAUAUUGAGCGAGCACCUAUUGGAUAUGUACCGUAAUACUGGAUUGAGUCUAACGUAAUGACACAAAUAUUUCGCGAAAUUUAAAGUAGUUCUUAUGCUUAAUACUUUGUUUCUUGUAGUGUUUUUCUAUGUGUGCGUGUGUGUGAGUUUUUCUUUUCUAUUUUUGAAAUUAUUUAUAUUUUAGUAGGAGCUGGUAAAUAAUUAAAACAAUAUACGUAAUCGUACAGAAAAAAAAAAAAAAAAGUUUCUCAUCUAUAUACAAAAAACAAUCGAGUUUGAUAGAUGAGUAAUGCGGUUUGUUGUAUGGUAGUCAAGGAGACCAAGAAGUAGACAAGUAACACUAACCGGGCGUCGUCAAUAAUAUUAUAAAUUAAUCGCAGUAAGUUUGACUAGAAUCUAGUUUUUCACGUAUUUUUCUCAGUGACAGUCAAAAUUAAAAUACUUAAAUUAAUGACAACUUAGAGCUAAUAUUUUAUAAGCUUAUUGUAAAUUUAAAAACUGAUUGACUUUGCAAACAGUGCGAUCUUUGAAUACAGAGCAUCUGUACAGAUUCAAAGAAGUAGCUGUAAUAUCUCAAGUGCAACGAGUUAAAUUGGUUUCAAAAAUAUGACUACAACUGGAGCCCAAUUUGCUCUAGCAGCCUCCACAGGGACGACCCAUAGUGGCAAUAAUUCAGCAAUCGUAGAAGUGGAAACCAAGCCAAGCAUCAUUGUCGAUACUACAACUAGUGCCAGUAGUACAGGUAGCAUAGCACAAGGUCAAUCUUCGAGAAAUCAACAAAUUAUUACAGUAGUCGCUAGUUCGAAUUCUACAAGCACCAAUAACCUUCAGCCGAUACAGCUCGUAGUUCAAGAUUCAUUGGAAACCGCUGCGGAUUCGUCGAAUAGUUCUUCUGGAACUUCUGCUCACGUGACAGCUCAAGUAGUUGUGAAUACAACUCACUCAGGUCAGCACACCCUCAUCAACUCGGAUGUAGCGUCUACAUCUACAAGCGCAAUCGUUAGUGGUUCACCGCAUUAUAUAACCGUCACAGUAUCUGGUGAUGGUGAAGCAGUCAGCUCCGAAUCGGUAUCACAUCCUACUUAUGUGCAAUAUGUUGAAGGAGAUGGUUCAACUUACAAUAUAUCCAACGGACAGAUGUCAUAUCCGGUUUAUGCUGUGGGUGAAGCAGGAACUAUGUACACCUCCUCUUCAAGCCAAUAUUACACGCCCACUAAUACGCCUGUAACUUAUGCCCAAGUUUCCGGACAAGGCUCGAAUACUACUGCCAGUCAAAUAUUAUCACAAGGUAACGGCACUUAUUUAAUUCAGCAGAGUGUUGUUGAGGGUGAUAACCCAACUCAUGCACUGAUAUCUACUUCAGCAACUCGAGCGAGUCCACAAACUGAAAAUGCAGAAGCUGUUGUUAGCGGGGGUGGAGGGGCAUACUUGAUCAGCGGUAAUGCGAGAAGUGCUACUAUCAGCGUAGAAGAGGCCAACUCUGUAGCAAAUAUGACGCAUGCCACUAGAGUUUCUCAGGCCACUGUUCAGUGGUUAUUGGAAAACUAUGAGACAGCUGACGGCGUUUCUCUACCAAGAUCAACGCUCUAUAAUCAUUAUUUACGUCACUGUUCCGAUAAUAAACUAGAUCCUGUGAAUGCAGCAAGUUUUGGUAAAUUAAUUCGAUCUGUAUUCCUUGGUUUGAGAACUCGACGUCUAGGAACUCGUGGGAAUUCCAAAUACCAUUAUUACGGGAUCCGAGUUAAGCCGACUUCUCCUUUGAUAAUGUUGAACGAAGAUGGAACAUCACGACAUCAACAAAAUUCAAAUAGCCAUACCAAAAGAUUUAAAUUUAUUAAUAAUCAAAAACAAGAGUCAAUGUAUGAAAAUAAUUCCCAUGGGACCGCCAGUAUUUCCCCAAGUAAUUUGUCAUCACAAUAUCAUCAGUACUUGGGUGAAGCGAAUGGUGCUAUUCCCGAAUUUCCUGAGAUAAUUGUUAAUCAUGACUCAUCACUUCCUGAAGAUUGUACAUUAGAAGAUAUUGAUACCUUUCGUAGUAUUUAUCGUGAACAUUGUGAAGCUUUUCUCGACGCGGUUCUAAACUUCGAGUUUGGUACGAUCGAAAGUCUUUGGCGAGAAUUCUGGAGAAGUCAAGAUAAUAAUAAUGGAGACGAAUGUGAGGAAGAAAAAUAUUUAUCAAAAACGAAAUUAUAUCAUAUGUGUAAAUGUGGUGAAGUUCAAGAUUUUAUUAAGACAGUUGAUUAUACAUUUUAUCAAAAUCUAGUUGAAGUGUUGAUGCCAGAUGUUCUUCGACCGAUUCCCAGUACACUUACACAGUCUAUUAGAAAUUUUGCAAAAGGAUUGGAAUCCUGGUUAACGGCUGCCAUGAAUGACUGUCCAGAAGAAAUGAUGCAAAUUAAAUUAACAGCUGUUUCAGCUUUUGCCCAAACUCUACGUAGAUAUACGUCAUUGAAUCACCUUGCUCAGGCUGCACGUGCUGUACUUCAAAAUUCUAGUCAAAUCAAUCAAAUGUUGGCAGACUUAAAUCGUGUAGAUUUUCAUAAUGUUCAAGAGCAAGCUUCAUGGGUUUGCCAAUGUGAUUAUACAGUAGUUCAAAGAUUAGAAGCAGAUUUUAAGGUCACAUUGCAACAACAAAAUUCAUUAGAACAGUGGGCAGUUUGGUUGAAAAGUGUCGUUACUCAAGUAUUGAAACCUUUUGAAGGGAAAUCAUCAUUUGCAAAAGCAGCUCGUCAAUUUUUAUUAAAAUGGUCAUUUUAUAGUUCUAUGGUUAUCCGUGAUUUGACAUUACGCAGUGCUGCCAGUUUUGGAUCUUUUCAUCUGAUCCGAUUACUUUACGAUGAAUACAUGUUUUACCUCAUUGAGCAUCAAGUCGCUAUUGCAACUGGAACUACUCCGAUAGCUGUAAUGGGUGAUAAGAACCAAACUUAUCAGAUAAUCAAUAAUUAUGAUGUGACUUCAAAUGGAAAUUCUCCAACUAUAAGCGAACAAAAACGUAUGAAAAUGAGCUAACUAAGUGCCAAUGCUCUUUAAACUACAGAAUCUGUGCAAUAUAUAAACUUUUUCUAACAAUAUUGAAAUUUUGUUCAAAACCACAUGUCGUUAAGUAUAAACUAGUUUGAGAAAUCAUUUCAUGUUAAAACAGAAUGGAAUUUCACGGACAUCAGUUACUUAAUAAGAAUAUCAAAGUAUUCUGACUAAUCGACAAUAGUCUUGGAGCAGAACUAAAAUGAAGAGGUUUAAGUUUAUGUAAUGAAUAAAACAAAAUGAUUAAUAAAUAUUGCAAAGUUCUUCGAAAAAAAAAAAAAAAAUAAAUAAAGUUAAAGAAUAUCAACCAUUUAAUAAAAAAGCAGAAAUUUUUGCUAGAUACAAUAGAUGAGGGUCAAUCAUCUUUUUAGCUGAACUGCAUUUGAUCAAAAUCUAUGGGACCAUCAAUAUUCAGUGUUCUCUUAGAAGACUCAUCUAAAGAUAUAAAUAAUCGAUUGAAAGUUUUAUACUUACAAAAUCUAUUUUGUUUUUAACAUGUCCAUAACUUUACAAUAGCAUAAACUUAAGUAAAAAAAUGCCUAA